AUGUGGUUGCAGGCAUUUUCCCCAAAAUUUUUAAAACCCCGCGUGGUGCCAAUUUUUAAAAAUGGUGAGAAGGAUGAGAUAAGCAACUAUAGAACAUUAUCUAUUCUGAGUGCAGUCUUGAAGAUUUUAGAGCGAGCUAUAUUUGAAAAAAUAAUAGCCUUCCUCAAGGAAAAAGAUAUUUUGGCACACUGUCAACAUGGCUCUAGGAAACAAAGGAAUGUUCAAACGGCUAUUCUGCAGUUCAUUAGCAAAUUGUAUGAAUGUUUAGAUAAGGAAGAAAAGAGCAUAGGACUGUUUAUGGACCUGAGUUAG